AUGAGCGGGGCAAAUGAAAAGACGGACUUCGUGACGCCUUGGAUGGUCCAACAAGAAAUUGUCAACCUUUUGAAUCGUGGCGAUCUCGUCGAAUUCCAUCGUACUGCCACGUUUGCGGGCCGUAAGCGUCGAAUUUACACGGUUAGGGAGUUUUUUUUAUGCUAUCGAGGGAGGAGCUCAAUCAUCGCGAGAAAUAUCAGCAGUUCGACCUCUCUUUGAACUUUCUAAAGCUGAGCCUCCAAAGUUUCAAUUCGAGCCGAGUGUUUAAAAAUAGGGUAGUUUUCUAAUGAGACGAACUUGUAAGUACACAGUGCAAAAAAAAUUACGAAGAGAAAAUUUUUUUAUUCAGUGCUCACUGAAUGAUACACCAUACGAAUAGCGUUUUGCAAAUUGCUUCCUUCGGCGUCCACUUAAUUUCUACUCCUUGAAAAGGACUUGAGCAGCGCAGUGAGAAAAGAUGAAUAAGGCAAUCUCUACUAUCAACUUUCGCUAGUACAAAAGCUAUAAAAAAAGAAACGUCGCGCAAGAUUUCGAGUACUCUGAAAACGUAAACUCAGCAUUGGGGACUUUUCUAUGGGUUCGUCGACGACGUACCGCUGAUCGUGCACAUGUCGAACGAAGAUGGCGAUUUUGAAGGUUCUGUACUGGACAGCAGUAACUUCGCAAGCGUGGCAGAUUCGAUGACGUCAGUCAGAAAGAUUGCUCAAGGAUCUCGGGCCGAGGUAGGCUCUACGAAAUUAACUUUUUUUCAUCGCAUUCUAUCGCGUGUGAAGAUUUUCCUGUCCGGACCAUUUAUUCUGGGUCAUUAAUUUUAGACUGGCUUUUAGACUGAUUCUUUGAGUAUGACUAUUUUAUGAUUUCCAUUGCGGCUAUUCUCGUCCGCAAGUCAAAAAAAAUUUUGACCAAUCAAGUGAAAUGAUGUUAUUGACAAUUUGAAAUCAGGCUUUGGCCUCAGGCCAGGCGGCUCGGGCUUUGGGCCUCAUUUUGGAGAAGUAGCCUGCGUGGGCCAGGCUUCGAAAACAAUUUUAAAAUUUCAUUAAAAAUUCCUCUGAAAAUUUCUUUCUUCUUUUCAAAUCAUAGUUUUUGUUGAACUCCAAGUUUAAAAAAAUAAGCAAAAUCGUGACUUUCGUGGUGAAAAAGCUUGAUAUUCGACUUGAAAAAAAAUUGAGCUUUUUGGCUUCAAAAUAAAGUUCCUUUUUAAAUAUUCAACAAAAAUCGCAAAAAAACAUGAUCUAAAAAAAUAAAAAAAUUCAACAAAUCCAGUAAACCGGUAUAAAUAACUUCACAAUGAAAUAAUCAAGUAAAACAGAACUAAUACUUCGUAGCAUAGCUUUCGGACUUGAUAACAGCCUUGCAUCUUCGGAGUAUCGACUCGAUAAGUGUGUCCAACACGCUCAUUGGGAUCUUCUUCCAAAUUUUUUCGAAAUUUCACACAACAAACUUCUUCGAAGUUUCAGGUCAAAACAAUAGUUUUCAACGAAAUCAACUCACCAAUUUGCUCUACUGUAUGCCCAUACUUAUAGGUGCGCUUUGAUCCACUUUCCCGUGUUGCCGGCGGCGACUUGUUGCGGGUUAACAAUUCGCUCGAUUCGGACCAUCGACCGUUCCCCACCAUCAUCAUUCUUGAUAGGGCUACCCAAAAGGUGCGCUUUUUUCCAUUAGGUUCAUUCAUACAAUUUUCGCGAAAUAAACGAGUUUUUUCAGCUUGGCGAGAAAGGCUACAACGUCAUGUCGAACAACUGCGAACAUUUCGUCAAGUGGGCUCGAUAUGGCAUCAAAUACAGUGAACAGGUCCGUUUUUUUUUUUCGAACAAUUGAUGUACAGUACCGUCAGAAAAGAUACGAAAAAACGGAGUUUCGGUCACAAAUUUCUUGCAAAGAAGAAUUCCAUCUUUCUGAAACUUUUUGGAGUUGUGAUUUAUUUUUUAUUCAUAACUCUGUUAUGGAUUUCCGAUUCACAGAAAAAAAAACGCUGCUUUAGGAACUAUCAGGAAGAUUGAAGUCCUUACAAGAAAGUUGUGACCAAAAAAAUUUUUUCUUGUACUGCGCAUUCUGAAUUUUUGCUGCGGGUCGAUUUGCAAGGUAACAUUUUGACACCGUCAGUGUUAUGUGCGAAAUUGAAGAGGCUUGUUGAAUUAUACACAGUAAUCCUAAACAGGCGGCUGAUGUGGUCAGUAAGGGCGGCGAAAUGCAAAGGGCGCCUUAUUGCAAUACGAGCGCAAUAGUGAGAGCAGAUUUUUGUGCAUUUACUGGAUGGAAAAAAAGCGUUUUACAAUGUUUCUCGACUUUCCCCUCAAAAAACGUAUUCUGAAUAUUUAUGGCGUGUUCAGGACAAAACGAAAAUUGCUAUAAAAAUAUUAGUAGUGUUUUGGAGAAACUUUGGUGCGCCGAUGUCACACGAAAAAAAAUUACCCAAAGGGCUUUGGCGCAAAAAGUUAUAACAGCAAAAAAAGUUUUAAUGAGAAUAUGUUUUAUAAAUCCUAGAAAAGUUUUUGAAAAAAAGAAACUCUCGUCGUUUCUUGUAAGAAACUCAUUCUGAGUUAUUACUAACAUUAGUCUGCUCAGAAGUUUUUGUUCUCAUCACAUUCACUGGUCUUAGAAUUACGAAAACUGGAAAAGUAACAGGCUGGAGAAACGGAUGCAACGCCUGCAUUUCUCUUGAAAUUUUUUUUUGUCUGAGUUCUUCGUAGGAGUUUCCAGUCGUGACUUUUUUCUCUCCAAGAAAUGCUCCGUCUUGACCGGUUCCGAAAAAGGCAUCUUUUAGGCUGUUCUGGCUAAAUCCUUCCUUCUAUCUUCCGUGUUGGCCAUCGGCCUCAACCCUCUAGUGGCGGCAGGCGCCGGAAUCGCAUACGCCGUAACUUCGGACCCGAUUUCUCGCACCAUCAAUCGUGUGUGUGGAACCAACUUUGCUCUUUUCUGA